AUGGAAGAAGAACGGUCAACCACCAAAAGCAACACCAAGCAAACCUCGGCUUCCAAUGCAGAUAUAAUGUCAAGCGCCAAGGUGAUAGCUGCUGCGGCGAAAUCCUCAUUUGGUCAAGAGAAUGACAAGAUUAACAAGGAUGAAGUUGCUGAAGCCGCGGCUGACCUUCUAGGAGCUGCCAAAAAGUAUGGCAAAUUGGAGGACAAAAGCUAUGGAAAAGUCCUAGACAAGGCUGAGGAUUACCUUCACAAUUAUCAUUCUUCUAAUAACUCCACCACCUCUGCUGUGCAUGGUGGGUCCCACGUCGAAGGAGGUGGGAAAGAACACGGGCAUUCUUCAAGUGGCGGCGGUGGUGGGGGGGGGGGGUAUGGGGAGUAUGUGAAGAUGGCUCAAGGGUUUUUGAAGAAAGAUGAUGAUGAUCAUGGACAUUCAACAAGUAGUGUUGGUGGAGCAAAGAAAGAUGGUGCUAAAAAAGGUGGUGAUGGUGGUCAUCAUGGACACUCGAAUAGUGGAGGUGGAGGAGGGUAUGGAGAUUAUUUGAAAAUGGCUCAAGGAAUUCUAAAGAAAUGA